CUUUGAGGGCGACCGUGAUGCUGAUGUGGCCCAGAGUGAAGAUGAGUUUGAGACCCCUGGUGUAGAGUCAUGGCACUAAGAAAAGUAAGUAAAGUAAAGUAAGUGUAGUGACUUUAACAUAUAGCCAUUUUAUAUCUUAAAGCCACUGGGGGGCGAACGGGAGAACUUGUUCGGACGCGUGUUCCACAAACAUUUCACUGUCCAAUGCGCUGUCUGGCUUUCGAUCCGUUGAUCCGUUGAUCCAUUUAUUCAUAUGCAUAUUGCCACCUUAACAGAGUACCACAGGAUACUAUAAGACCUUGAAACUACAAGCUCAUAUGCCGGCUGACACGCUACAUUGACACGAUACCUUGACACGUUGACACGAACAAUAACACGGUCAAAAACUGUUAGCUUCCCGUCCACACACACCUGAUUCUCAUUACCAGGCCCUUACCUAUAUGCACUUAUAGGUUAAUAUGCCACCCACUGUUCAAUGUCAGAACUGCAUGUGUAAACCCACCCCAAAGACAAAAUAAAACAACAAAACGACAUUAUGGCUCCAACACACCGGCCCCUAAUUGUUAAUAGCAGGAGGGCAUAAACAAUUCAAUAUAUAUUUAUAUAAUGGAGCCAAUAAAUCCAUAAUACACUGAAUAAACAAAACAAACAAAAACCCAAAAUUCCCCUAAUUAAGGGUAAGAGGUCACUAAUAACUUAUAUUUCAGCUUCUUGUAGAAGCCAAAGUUUGGUCACUGGCCUGUCCAGCGUGCUAGUUUUGGUUUGCACUCGUGCAGAUCUCACCAGUCCUUUCCAGUCAGGACAGAUCUUGUCCAACUGUGGCUUCAGUAAGCACCAUAAAGGAAGAGUUCUCAAGACCUAUCCUGACUGGAAGCUGAACUGAUUGAAAACAUGGAUAAGAAAGCAACAUGGGACCGCUUCUACACUGAGAGCAGCAGCAGCACAAACACCUUCAAACACUUUGAGUGUUUCUUUGGCUUCGAUGCUGUCUGGGACUUCAUUAUGCCCCUAUUGCAGACCAAGCCCCACCCAGACGGUUUGCUCCAAGUCCUGGAUAUGGGCUGUGGCACUUCUGCUUUAGGGCCCUGUGUUUACAGACACUCUCCUCUCCCGGUCCGGGUCACUUGUGCAGACAUUUCCCCCAUAGCUGUGCAACUAAUGCAGGAACACGUCCAAACCAAAGCCAUUCAACCUCACAAUCUUUCCUCUCGGCUUGAGUUCGUAGAGCUGGACUGCACACAGCUCCACAAGCACUACGGUUGUAGCAGUGUGGACCUUAUAGUUGAUAAGGGCACCACAGACGCCUUGUUGAGGUCUAAUGAAGAGAAAUGGAAGGCCAAUCAGGUGCUGAAGCAGUGUUUGAAGGUGUUGCGGAGCUCAGGGUCUCUGCUCCAGUUCUCUGAUGAAGACCCUGAUGCCAGGCUGCUGUGGCUGGAGACAGAGGCACAGGAGCCGGGGGUGAUGGCAGCAGAUGUUGGGGUGCAGGAGGUUGGGGAGCUAAGGGGAAUGACUUACUACUGCUACCAAGUGACUCCUCGCUCUAUUGUGUAGCAACUUUCUUCAUCUGGAUGGUGAUAAUAUUAAUUGAGUAAACUACUGAACUGAUUGUAAAAAGUAAUUGAUCAGGUACACAGACAGAGUGUGACUUAUCCACCAAACUGGACCUCCACAGUCCGACAGCAGAGACAACAAGAGACUUACUACUUAUAAAAUAACCUGAAGGUAAAGAAUGACCUCUUUAUGAAAUGAUAAAAGUUGACAAACCACUUAAACUGUCUGAGAAGUUUGAGGGAGGUCAGAGACUUUCUAGUGGGUUGGUGGUUUUGCCCGUCCUGGCUCUCUGUCCUUCUCUCCAGCCCCUGCUCACUCCCCAGACCUGCCAGUCCUGGUCACAUGACAUCCCCUCCCACCUACACACCUGUUCCCACUUUCCUCAUCAGACCUGUAGUUUCUAGAAAUCACAGCUAAAAGAUUUUACUCGACUAUAUUUUUGGAGUUUUACGAUAAUUGUUCUUUGUAUAUCAGAAACAUUUCACCAACAAAUACCACACUUCUUAUGAUUGCAAAUUAGUUUGAAAUAACAUGACAUACAUCACAAAAAACAUAAUAAAUAGGAGAACUGAAGCCACCGGGAGAUAAUUGACACACUUAUACAGGGAGACACGGUUGUUAAAUCAGGAGAAACUUAAUUUACAGUGAACAAAUACAUUUAUUAAAUUGUGCAAAGUAAAGUUAAAAUUUUGGAGAGUCGACACUGGUGGGGGUGUUGAAGACAUUAGGUGCAGGCUCAAGAUCAAGAUGAUGGCAUGUUUGAGUGGGACUGCCCUCAGUGGAAGAAACCUUGAGCACCGGAUGUGAUGAUGAAUGGGGAGGAGGGUCACAUCGGUUUGUACUGAAAUGACAGCUGACUGCACAGAAGAGAACAGGUCUUUAAAGUUUGACGGGAAAUAUAGGCCGUGGCGAAAUCGCCCACUGUCAGCUGAUAGAGUAGGAGCCAGAGAGUCAGAGAGAUGUGUGAGUGAAUGAGAGCAUAACAAGACUGUCCUAAUAUAGGACGUUAGAGUAAAUCCUCAAACUUUACAACUGUAUGAUUAUAAAUACUAUAUUUCAAAAUAUCACUCCUCUAAGCAAAGCUCUCUAAGUUUUACUGUACUUAACUCAGUAAAUAAUCAAUGCUAACAGUUUGAUAUUCAAGGAGGGAUUUGGUAAUCCUAAACUCAUCAUGGUGGCACCAAACAUCCUGAGCCAAAUUAUGA